CUUCUCUCGGGCUCACUCAUCUUUCACGUCUGCACUGAUUCGCAUCCUUUCAGCACCGGAUCGCCCGAAAACAGACUAAAGGAUGAGGACUGCGAAGAGCAGGGUGGAUGAGUCGUUUGAGGAAAAUUAGCCCAAAAUGCCACACAAAAUUACCUUCAGUGUCAUCUUUUCGUCCAGUGAGGUGGAGGCGUUCCGAGGGUCGGAACUGAACACGCCGACCCCAACCACCAGUGGAUGGCGGAGUGCGCCGCACGCACCCUUCCCUCAGGAGCUGAUCCUGCUGCUGCACGCCAAGGCCGCGCUCCAGCGAGUCCAACUUUUGGCCCAUCAAUAUUUGAUUCCAUCACGUGUGGAGUUUUUCGUGGGCGACUGCGAUGAGGACCAGGCGAAGGACGGCAACUUUUCGCAGGCGGCGUUUCAGUACCUGGGCUUUGUCACCCUGUCCGACAAUCAGGGAACGGCUUUCCAGGCGCGCGAGCUCAAGUCGGUGACGCUUCCGUGCUGCGGCCGCCUGCUCAAGCUCGUGCUGCACGCGAACCACCCCAACGAUUUGAACGUCCACGAGCAGGUUAGCUUGAUGGCGCUGAGCCUACUUGGGCAAUGGACCGAGGACAACAACAACUCGCUGACUUCAAGCCAAGAUGCGAUUCCGCCUCCGCAAGACGAUGUGCCCGACAACGCCGCCAACAACAAUUCAAACGUGCUGGUCAGCAACCCGCAGUACACGUCGCCAUACGACGACCUGGCCUUUGACAUGUACGUCGACCCUGAAGCCGCCAAAAUCAUUCGACAAAUGGAGAGGAGGAAACAAGAAGCUGUCAUGAGUGAAAGGUUCGAGUAUGCGAGGAAGCUGAAGCAGGCGAUGGAAGAGUUGAGGCGGGCCGGUGAGCGGCUGGGCAAGUUCGAGCUGGAAAAGCGUCAGGCCAUCAGCAUGGAGCACUUUGGCAAGGCGAAGCUGAAGAAGGCCCAGAUGGACGACUACCGUGAGCAGGUUUACAACUUCCUCGAAAUCCCAGUGCUGCUCGAGUUGAAUGGGUACCAGUUAAAGAACGACGCGCCAGUGGACACGAGCAAACGACGCGAGUUGCCUCCUCCACCGAGACUUCGGCCCAAAUCGCGCGACCCGUCGCCACACGCGGCUGACAACUUGCACCUGAAGAACGGCAACAUUCCGAAUAACGCGAGAAACGGAAACAUGCAGUUUUCGCCGCCAGGAGUAACCACGGUGGCCAGCAUCAAACGCAGAGGCGCCAGGAACACGUACGAGGCCUACGAAGAACGAGCACUGCCUGCUCUAAAAAACAGUAAUCAGCGGGCGGAAGAACUUUUGCAGGACAACUAUGAUUCUGAAAGGUACUAUUGUCUUAGCGACCGAGAAAAAAGACAGGCCACGCUUCCAAUUUCAGUCUUCGGCACAACUUUGGUGGAGAAAUUUUACUCGAAGCAGUUUGCCGACCGCGAAGACGGUCUGCGCCUGCUGAGGGAAGAACUGACUCGACCUGCCACGGAAAGCUUCGAGAAACAUUCGGCCAACAAAACGGCCCGCGCCGCCAUCUUCCUUCUGCACCGCGCCCUCAAGGACAAGGUCUACGCGGUCUACACGCUGGCCGCUGACGUUUUGCGCCUCUUCUUCGUCCAAUUCGUGCCAACCAGAAGGGUUGCAAGUGGCGAAGUUUCCAGAAGCAUUGAACGGGUGUUGCCAGAAUUGCUGUCCAAGAGUGGCGACAACACCCCUCGUAUUCACAAUAUGGCGGUGCAAACCAUCCUUGACAUUGCUGACUGUCCCGAUGUCAAAAGUCUGAAUUUGAUUCCGACUCUGCUGACAAAGCCACUCACCAACACCACGCAUCCAAGGCUGGCCUUGAGCAAAAUGGAAAUGGUUGAGCAGCUCGUCCUGAAAAUCGGCAUCUCCAGCAACAAGCAAAGUGGAAUGACCUGCAGGAGUCUGACCGAGUUUGGCUCCUCGGGGCUGCACCAUCCCUCCGAGCCGGUGCGAAAAGUGGCCGAGCGAGUGCUGAUUUUGAUUUACCACGUUAACCCUAGGAUUGUAAGGAAGGCGCUUCCGCCUGACGACGAGCUUACGAGGAGAAAUUUGCUUUAUCGCCAUUUGUUCUCCGACUUUGACCGAAUUGACGUCGAGAGGAAACAGGAAAUGAUGCUGCAGAGUCAGCGGGAAGAAGUGGAAGCGGCGGAAACUGCGUCCGCCUCUGCCGCCUCGUCCAAAAGCUGCUCGUCCGUGACUCCGAAAAUGCGGAAAACGCGAAGCGCCAUGUCGCAAAUCGCUCGAUACACGGCCAACUCGACCCCAUCGCCUGCGCACACCAGUUCAGGCUCAAGUUCCGCCUCCGCCCUGACCUCUCCAGGCACUGAGGUCACGUCCAGAGGUCACGCUUCCCCGACAGCCGCCGAAGAGAGGAAAUCUUACAGGAUGUGCAUUUUCUGCAAACGGCGCGACCCGUCCUUCACCGAGCAAGGCUUGAACGUCCACUACUGGAAGUCUUGUCCGAUGCUGACGCGCUGCAACCACUGCAGACAGGUCAUCGAGGUCGCCUGCCUCACCAGACACUUGCUAGAGGUCUGUGAAGUUCGGAGGACUUACAGGAAAUGCCGAAUGUGUCUCGAGGCCAUUUCCGUGGACGCGUUUGAAGAACACAUCAUUUCUAGGCGUUGUGCUUUGGCAGUGCCAGAGUCCAAGGGCAGCCGAUGCCCAUUUUGCCACUUGAAUAUUCCGCCCUGGGAGGAUGGUUGGAGGGCUCACCUGACAGGUCCUCGUCCGUGCGCAGCACACCCUCGACUGAAGCAAAAAACUCCAGCCUCCAAAAUUCCAAAGCCUCUGUUCAGCCUGACAGGUUCUCUAAUAAGGAGGUCGGGCAACACGCCCGUCAGCUCACCAAAAGGAACGCCAAGAUCCAAAAGGAAAACUCUGUACUGAAAUUUGACUUCCCAGAUACGAAUUGUGUAUUUACCACGUAUACAAUAAUUCCUUAAAUUUAAGGUUCCGCAGCCGUUGCCAGUUUGUAACAAAAGUAACUGUUAAUUAUUGUAAAAGCAACCAGAGUAUCGUUGUGGGGACAAAGAAAAAACCACCGCCGGAACUGAUGAGAUUUUUGGAUUACUUUUAAAUAAGCUGAGUCUAUUUCUCUGGUUGCGAAUUUGUAUAAAUUCAUCUUGUUAAAUUUUCAAUUAAUUACUUAUAGCAAACAAGGUACUCUAAAAGUACCUGCGCAUCAUUAAUUCAAAAAUUAAAUAGAAUUUUCGAAAACUAGGUGCCUACCUAGGGGGUUUGAAUAUUUGUAGGGAUAGCAGUAAUCAAGAAAUUCAAUCAAUUUAGAUUCUAAUGUGGGGGAAUGUUUAUCUCAUCCAUAAUUUUAUCGAGCAAAUAAAUUUC